UGACCUGUUGGUUUUGACUGUACGUGAAAAAAUCACUGGUUAUCCUGCUAGAUCUAGGCCUUGUUUCAAAAAUUCAAAAAUCUGACUGUGAAAACAAUAACGACAGAAAUAUUUGUGGUUAAAGCAGCGGCGAGAGAAGCAAGAACAGCAGCAUCAUAUUUGGCUCAGAUCAUCGAGCAGCAACGAAAACGUCACCCUUUAUAAAGUACAUCUACAAGCAAUAAAAACAAAACUGAACAUAAAACAAAACUAUCAACGAUAACAACAGCGGCGUCGGAAGAAACAACAACUGCUACGCAAAAAAACAACAAAAAAGCGACGCAGCAAAUUCGUUAAACAAGAUUUUUCUACAACAGCAAUAACAGCAACAUCUGCAACAACAGCAUCGACAACAGCAACAGCGACAACGACAUAAAACGACUUUUCGUCGUCGCUAGUGUGUGAGAACUCGCUGAAAGGAGAAUAUAUUUGUGGCUUCCGUUGUGGGUGAAGCAGCAACUAGAAAAGUCACUUGUGUCGGCCAUGUUGUGAGCGGUCAAGCAUCCACGCACAGACGAACAUACAGACAGACAGACACACACACACACACAGGCACACGCUGACGGGAUUCAUUGCUGGACAGAGGAUCAUGUCGGGAGACGAUGGUGAAAAGAGAGUGAUAUCAGAGGAGGAGAAAAAAGAAAUCAAAGAGGCGUUUGCCAUCCUGGAUGAUGAUGGGGACGGGAAACUGUCCCUGGAUGAGAUGAAGACGUUGUUGCAGUCACAGUUCAUGGUGUUUACAGACACGCAAGUGGAAGAUGCUGUCAGGGAACUGGAUGAGGAUGGUAGUGGCUCUAUAGAGUACGAUGAGUUUGAGCGCUACGUGAUUGCCAACAACUUGUCGAAGCCUACGGCGGAGGAGUUUGGCUCUGAGAUGAAGGACGCCUUUGAGAUGUUUGACACGGACAACGACGGGUACAUCGACGCUGGGGAGUUCAAAACGUUUAUGCAGACUUUGGGCGAUAAAAUGACAGACGAUGAAGUGAUGGAGAUGAUGAAAGAAGCAGAUCAGAACGGUGAUGGAAAAAUCGAUUACCAAGAAUUCUGUGCUCACAUGACGAAAAGCUUCUAAAGUUCGAACUUACAAUCGUCACCCAGAACUGGAGAGAAA